CAGCGUCAAGAGCUGUUCCUAGCAGCCCGACGCUUUUUCGGUCAGUAAGAUAGAACGUCCGUGUGUUCAAGCGACGUUUGGGUAGCUGGGCGAUGAUGUCCGCUGUCUUUGUCGCCCUCGCCGAUCUGGUCGCCCCUAGCAACGCUGAGUGUCACAAGCCAGUAGUGCGUCUCUGGGAACAACAUCACAGCGAUAGUGUAUAAUCACAGAACAGAACAAGUGAGAGCGCCUCAGAUAAAUCGGCCCCGAUGCAGCCGCACUGAAACAGCGAGUAUUAGGAACGUUCUAUAAGAAAUUCUCCUAUUCCAGACAGCGAGUGACUGACAGACGUCCAACAGACGAUGACGUAGUCGGACUGAUCUUCAUUGACUUUCAGUGUAUCGAGAAGAUUUACAUCGGUGAUACCCUGUGUUCUGCAAACGCAUAAAACAAAAAUAACAUCGUGGAAUAAUGCAGUAUUAUGCUCCAACCGCCCCCCUGUUAGUCGUAUCGUUGCUACCAAUUGCUUCGGCGAUCAAAUGCUACCAGUGUUCAACAAGCGAGGAUCCCAAGGGUAAAGAUCUUUGCGGAGCUUACCGGUAUUUCGAUACGUCAAAGAACACACCUGUUGACUGUCUUGGAGAGCAAGCCGUUGCACUUGGCACGUUCUGUUAUAAACGACUACAGCAAAGUCCUCGUGGAUUUAUUUGGGACGGUCGAUGGAGAAGCGUAGAACGACGCUGCGCACAAGUUUCUGAGCGCGGCAUCAACUGGGGCUGCGAUUGGGGUUACGAUCUCCAAGGAGUUUAUUGGGAGGAGUGUUACUGUGCUGAAGAUGGAUGCAAUGGAUCUCCUACACUCAUGAGCACCGCUCGAAUACUAUUUUCCUUAUGUCUACUACCGCUGCUGUGGUUGGCGAUUCAGCCGAUGUAGAUAGCAUGUUAGCUCCCAUAGAUAGCUAGCUAUAAUACUGUGCAUGGAGCAUAUGUAUAACCAAUACUUAGGAUUGUGUAAUACUGUGCUAUAUAUAUACAUACAUAUGCGUAGGCCGCUAUUGUGGUGAAGAUCUUUAAGUGAUUUGACAAUGCAGCUCCACGAACCAAGAGUUGCCGUUAGAAAGGUUUGAGGUUGUCAGUAAACUAAACAUUAACCAACAAAUAAGAAUAUUUAGGAUGCCAAUAUUAUGCAUUCUGCUAUGCAAUUCAGACUGUCAAAAUUUCGGAAAUCAAACCCAACUUUCGUGAGCACAUGAACAGGGAACGUCUUAUUUCAUGAAUAUCUGUGUUUUUAUUUGAGAAAGUUUAUUUAUUUAUUUAUUUAUUUAUUGUACAUAUAGAAAAUUAAAUUGAUUCAAUUUGAUGUGAGUUGUAACGCAUACUAACCGCUAGUCGUAUAUCUGGGAUGCUAAUGAUGGGAUUCUCUCAACAUACGAUGAAAUGGCACCUUUCGAAGGUUUGCUUCGCGGCUGGACUAACGGGACAACGUGUUCGCGGGACAUGGCCUAAGAUUAAGCAUGAGUGCCAGUACAACGUGGUCAUACUUCUCCUGAGAUCAGAAUGCUAUUGAAAUUCUGUCUGUCAUCCGUAUCUGUGAAAAGAUCAGCCUGAGAUAGUGGAUUCUUAGGGUCCGUCUGACAAGCGCAUUGCCACACCACUGAUACAAGCUGACCGAAUUUGAUCGAGCCCUAUUCUGAGCAACUUAAGCAGAUAAGCACUCGGUCGGAUCGGAACUAUGGCUUGCAUACGCCAGCUUGUCGUAAGCCAACACGCUAAAUUGGAACGAACAGCUCUUUCAGUAUCGCUUUUUAGUCGCAAAAAGUUGUUCGGAUGACCUUUAAUAACUUAUUCGUAAAGUUUGCACACUUUUUUGAGGGAAAGAACUUGACUCCAACCUAGUGAGAUCUGGAACUCGCCGUGAGCGUACGUUUACUUGAGGAUAUAAUCAUCAUCUAGAUUGCUAUAACAAUUUUGUUGUUACAUUACAUAACGUUACAUCAUGCAUAACAGUACAUACUUUUCAAGUCGUAUCGACAUAUAAUAAGUUAUUUUUAUAUGUAUUUUUUAUUGUUUGAAAAGUAAAGUUUCAUGAUCCACACUUCUACUCAAACUAAAGUGUUAUAUGUGCUGCACGUAUAUGUCAGUGCUAAGCUUUCCUUAUUUCCACCUAAUGAAUCUUUUUAGUUAAACAAAGUUACGAAAUUUGUUUAAUCUGAGAAAUCGAUUAUUUGAAGAAGAACGCGACCAUUUGCGUUCGUUACCAUAACUUCAGUUGAAUUACACCUAUCGAAAAAUCAUUAACACGAUAGGAAACUAUGAUUCUAAAAUCAACGAUUUUUUUUUAUAGAAUGCUCCGGAAGUGUGCCGAUGACAUGGCCUCUGUAACAACCGUGUCCGAACGUAUAGAUGUCCAUACACAUCCAAUCCCCGCAUGUCUACCCAACCAGCAGAUAUAAAUUUCAGCAUCAGGAUUAAGCGAGUUUUUCGAUCUAUUUCUUACGUCCGGCCGAACAGUUUAAGUAUACGUGAAAUUCUCGUUGCAAAAUAUGCUUUAAAUCGGUAGUUUUCACAUUGCCCAAGUCAUGAGCGACCGUGAGCGCCGCAUCAGUAUUUGUCCCAGACUUUUCACGCUACUCUGCUGCAACAAUCGGUUCAACAAAAUCCUAGUGAUAUGUCUUCAGAAUCAGAAUUCAAGCACACUGAUGUCCUGAGAUUUCGUUGAAAAUCCUCGGUGUGACCACUAUCACAGUUAGUCUUCCCAACUGAGCCACAGAGUUCCUAUCUAUCAUAGUUUUUAUGAAAAGACACUUAUACGGUCCUUGCUACGAUUACGUCAUACGUUGCUGGCAUAAUGUAGUUGGAGGUAUAGAGAUCAAUUCGUUAUACAGCAUAGAAGAGCUAGAAAAAGUACCGAUUAAACUGAUUUUGCUCGUUUGAGGUGCUUGAUAGCGUUGCGAUCAUAUCGAAUGUUUCCGUUUAGUUCCUAAACGGAAAACGCCUAUUAUUAAAAUAUUAGCACUGUUAGUUUCUUGACAAUGAUAAUAACAAUAACUGAGCAGAUCGAUCAGAGCGACCUAGACCCAGACAGAGUGACCCAUAGAACUGCUGGGACAGAUUAUUGUUGUACAAUUACAAAACAUACAUAUAGACAAGUUAAGCGACCCUGAUUUUAUAUAUAUAUAUAUAUACAUCGAGUUUAUAAAAUCUCAAAAGAGGACCAAGUUAAGGCAAUGUUUUUUAAAUGGCGUAAUACAUUUUUAUAAGUAUAGUAUAGAGUACAUCAUAAAUAAGAUGAGUAACGUGUGGUAACAAGGAGAAAUAUUCGCUCUCGUAGUACAGGCUCUUAUGUCGAGGUAUCGUUAUCUCAUACGUGGCUCACGUAUUUCACACUGUAAAAAUUUGUAAUUUUAAAUGUCCGUUGUCCAAAAUUUUCCAAAAAUGUUCGACAAAAGAAUAAAUUUUGUUGUUUAUAAAAGUUCUCGCUUUUCCGCAGCCGAAGAAUGUGGCUAUACUAGUAAUGUAAAUAAACCCUCUUUUUCAUAGGCGUUCAGAAGCACGAGUUAUACUCGAAGCGUCAUCGUGAUUGAGUCUAUACUAAAAAUACGAGAUAUGUUAGAUACGGCAACGCUCGACUCGUGCACUCACAAUCAGAGACGUCAUUUAGAGCCUUCGGUACUGUAAUUUAAAGAAAAAAACACAAUAUGUA